AUGAGUUCAAGCAAACAAAGUUUGCGAAUCGUCGCCACAGGCACCUCAAUACCCGAUUUUGGAGCUUCGAUUUCAAAGAAGUUUAAGGCCGCGUCAAUGGGAGAUAUUCCUGCGCUUGAUAUGAAGAAAUUGUUUCGCAUGAUAGUACUCGGUCCAAGCUUUUCCGGUAAGAAUAAUCUAUGCAUGUUUAUCCUAAAGAAUUCCCCGCACGGGUUAACCAUCAUCGCUCGUAACCCUAACCAGGAGCUCUACGAAUAUCUGAAAGAGAAGCUUGACGGCUUUAUCACGUUUACUGAUCCAGAUAUGCCACCAAGCGUAGACCAAGUCCGCCAUAUACCAAUGAGUUCCAACAAGCCUGAGCUUGUAAUUAUCGAUGACUACAGUAACGAUAAACUACUUCAAAAGAACAUUUUCUCACACUAUUUCACUAGAGGUAGGCAUUUCAAGCUGAGCACCAUAUUUCUAAGUCAUAGCUACUUUGCAAUCGAUAAGAUAAUUCGCUUAAAUUCAGAGUAUGUAGCGAUUCUGAAGGCUAAUUCGAAGCGUGAUUUACAGAUGGUUGUCAAAGAUUUCAAUAUCCCGGCAUUGACCGAUCGAUCUACAGUAAUGUGCGUCAAUAAGGGACCUCUGAUAUGA